CGACAACCAACGCUUUGAUUUCACCGCUCAGGCGUAAACACUGUUCUACCCUCGUCUUUGCCUACUGAACCUUACAGUCCAUCUGUUAGCAGCGCCUCAAACUGUCUAUUUUAUACCGUUAGCCCCACCUCUUUAACGGAAAUCCAAAAGUCACAGCUGUCAAAAUGUCUGUCGUCUCGCUUCUCGGUGUCGAGGUCAAGAACAACCCCGCGCCAUUCGACGCGCCUUACGAGUUUGAGAUCACCUUCGAGUGCCUCGAGCAGCUGCAAAAGGAUCUCGAGUGGAAGCUAACCUAUGUUGGCUCUGCUACCUCCAAUGAAUAUGACCAAGAACUCGACUCUGUCCUUGUCGGCCCUCUCCCCAUUGGCGUGAACAAGUUCCUCUUCCGCGCCGAUCCUCCGGACCUGUCCCGCAUCCCCAACAGCGAGAUUAUCGGCGUCACAGUCAUUCUGCUCAGUUGCAGCUACGAGGAUCGCGAGUUUGUUCGUGUUGGAUACUAUGUCAACAACGAGUACGUUGAUGAGGCACUGUCUCUCGAGCCCCCCGCAAAGCCCGUCAUCGAGAAGGUCCAGAGGCAAAUUCUGGCAGAGAAGCCGCGUGUUACGCGCUUUGCUAUCAAAUGGGACUCCGAGGAGUCUGCCCCGCCUGAGUUCCCUCCUGAGCAGCCCGAGGCUGAUUUGAACGCCGAUGGCGACCAAUACGGAAUCGAAGAGGACGAGGAAGAGGAAGAAGACGCAGAGGGCGUUACCGUAGAAGGCGAAGAUGCCGCGAUGGCUGGUGGCGAAGAGACUGCAGGCCCUGCUGCUGAAGAGGAGGAUGGCGACUCUGACGGCAGUGAAGACAUUGACAUCGAGGACUCCGAAGGCGAGGACGAAGAUGAGGAGGAGGGCGGUGACGAUGAUAUGGAGAUGGAUGACGGCGAGCAAAACGCUGCAAACGGUGACAAGCAGGUUCAGCAGCAGCCUGGGAACGUACAGAAGCACAACGCGGAUGUCAUGGUUCACUAGGCGUGCACACAGCCAAAUUAUCUGCUGAGUGUGUAGAAGAUUGGGUUUGCUGUUGAAUUUACGAGCGCGCAUUGCAUAGACGAAACAUGAUUAGGAAUAUACCCUAACUGGUGAUGGGGCGUUUG